UUGGCUGCACCCACGUGUGGUGGAGUUAAAUACUCGGAGCCCACACCCGCUGGGGCAGAGGAGCAAGAAGCAGCACCAUGGCUGGCAAGAAAGUCUGCAUUGUCGGCUCCGGCAACUGGGGCUCAGCCAUUGCCAAGAUCGUGGGUAGCAACGCAGGCCGGCUGGCACACUUUGACCCACGGGUGACCAUGUGGGUGUUUGAGGAAGACAUCGGGGGCAGAAAGCUAACUGAGAUCAUCAAUACGCAACACGAGAACAUUAAAUACCUGCCAGGGCACAAGCUGCCCCCCAAUGUGGUGGCUGUCCCAGAUGUGGUCCAGGCUGCAACAGGUGCUGACAUCCUGGUUUUUGUGGUUCCCCAUCAGUUCAUUGGCAAGAUCUGUGACCAGCUCAAGGGCCACUUGAAGGCCAAUACUAUUGGCAUAUCUCUUAUCAAGGGGGUAGACGAGGGCCCCAACGGGCUGAAGCUCAUCUCUGAAGUGAUUGGGGAACGCCUUGGCAUUCCCAUGAGCGUGCUGAUGGGGGCCAACAUUGCCAGUGAGGUGGCUGACGAGAAGUUCUGUGAGACGACCAUUGGCUGCAAGGACCCAGCCCAAGGACAGCUCCUGAAGGAACUGAUGCAAACACCCAACUUUCGCAUCACUGUGGUACAAGAGGUGGACACAGUGGAGAUCUGUGGAGCCUUGAAGAAUAUAGUGGCCGUUGGGGCUGGCUUCUGUGACGGGCUUGGCUUCGGUGACAACACCAAGGCGGCGGUGAUCCGGCUGGGCCUCAUGGAGAUGAUCGCCUUCGCCAAGCUCUUUUGCAGUGGCUCUGUGUCCUCGGCCACCUUCCUGGAGAGCUGCGGGGUCGCUGACCUGAUCACAACCUGCUACGGGGGUCGGAACCGCAAGGUGGCAGAGGCCUUCGCUCGCACCGGAAAGUCCAUUGAGCAGCUGGAGAAAGAGAUGCUGAACGGGCAGAAGCUACAGGGGCCCCAGACAGCCCGGGAGCUGCACAGCAUUCUCCAACACAAGGGCCUUGUGGACAAGUUUCCAUUGUUCACUGCGGUGUACAAAGUGUGCUAUGAGGGCCAGCCAGUGGGGGAGUUCAUCCGCUGCCUGCAGAACCACCCGGAACACAUGUGAAUGGGGCCAGGGCCCAGGGCAUGCAGCUCCUCUGCCCCAACCCCAACGGAGACAAGCAGAAGCGUGUGACACCUGUCUCCAGGACAGUCUCCAGGAUUCCCCCAUCCAGCAGAGUCCUCACUGAUGGACCCUGAGGACAGGAGGCUGUGGGGCUCGGCUACACACCUGGAGAUGCAGAGUUGCUGCUGACCCUGCAGCCUCUCGCAGAAUCCACACUUCCCUGCUGUCCUCUGGGAAGUGUAGAGCUAAGAAGCCCUAGUGCUGCCUGCCCUAGGGGUGGGGUUGGGGGAAGGGAAGGUGCCAAGGCAAGGUCUACUGGUUAGUGUCUCACACACACUCGGAAACUGUCCCAAGUCCCACUAGGUGACUGAAGAAGCACUUCGCCACAGAAAAGAUGAGGCAGAGGCUGCCAAGGGAAGGGUCUGGAUGCCUGAGCUGACACAGACCCCAGAGACCCUUUGGCUGACCUCUGCCAGGCCCCACGAAACAUCAACGCUCUCACUGUUUGCUAACAAAAUACAAAGCUCUCAAACAACCUCCUUCCAACUUCUCCUAGCAACAUUUGCUUCCUCAGAAGCCUCUGCUAAGCCCUCCCCCAGGCUACUCUGGCACAAGAGUUGCUCCACACUGGCAUCUCUGGCCCCGGGGCUCUCCAUUCUUCCCAGAGACUUCCUGGUUCCUAGAGCUUUGCCAGGGCCUCCCCACCCUGUGUGACCUUUCCAAGCGUUCCCUUGCCUGCACCCGGCUGCCAGCACCCUCUUUGGGGAGCAGGAACUUAAUCUGCUGACAGAGCUACACUUUUUUCAUAGCAGGCUCAGAUGGCUCAGGCUCCCCUGACCUUCCUAUUUGUCAGGAGCUCUGCCUGGGAGAAGUGUCAGCCAGCCCCUCCAACUGCUGACACUUUUUAAAAAGGCAUCCCAACCCCAUACCUUUCUUCUCAGGGCCCUCCACACAAGGCCAUCUCUGUCUGCAGUCACCAAUUUCAUCAUGUCUAACAGAAUGUAGGAUUCAUAGCUUAUCUUCCUGAGCUCCUUCAGCCCAUAUUCUUGACUCUAUCCUUUCCUCUUGCCCAAGCCAGUCUUCCAGCCAUUCUCACACAGCCAGGAGUUGCCACCCAGCAUCUGUAGGCUUGGAGCCAAGGAGCAGCUCAAAGGUUCAGUAGGUUUCCACAAUGGUUGGUGGGUCUUGAUAGUCCGAGGCCAGCAGUCCCUGGAAUGAGGUCCUCAUUAGAUCGUAACCAUACACAUCAGGAACUGGGAGCUCCAGGGAAGGCUAAUUGAAAACAGCCUGCUAUGGGGUGAGGGAGUGCAGAGGGGGAUGGGAAUAUGCUUGGCACUGGCCCUGUUCCAAGGUUAGGUGGCAGCAGGAGAAUGUCACAGAUCAGCAGCCGGGAGCCCUAGCUAUAAAUAGUCCCUGGGACCUGAGAGGUUUCUCUCUCCACCAGGGGUCUCCAUUUCGUGUGUGACAGCAACUGGCACACGGUGGCUCUGGCCAGCUUGAUAUUAAACUAACACACUAAGGUACCAGGCCUCUCUCUGCUCCUAGCCUUUAAGAAUUCCGUCUUAGUAAUGAAGGUCAGAGCUGUGCGGUAAGAUGAAGACGGGGAGCCCUGUCAUCGAUCCUGACUGGGCCGGAACCCUCCCACGUAUGACUCAGUUCAGAGCUGUUUCCCAGGAGGCUGGGGUGGGAUGCAGAUUCCAAUACCUUAACCUAUGUUUGCUCAGUCAGUCAACUGUGAAUCUGAGGCCUUCUGUCAGGCCACUUGUCUACCCAAUAAAUUGUGGUUUUUCCAAAAA